UAUCGAAAAAUUUUCUGCAACUCAGAUUACAAGCUCGAAUCAACUCAACUGCGUUAGGGUUGCGAGUGCAGCGAUGUCCGAUUUUCAGACCUCAACUCACCGAGCCAGGUGGAUUUUCACUCCUCAAGAACUUGUUGAAAAAUACAAAGCUUCUAAUCAGAGAGCAAUACAAACUUUGGAGAAGUAUGGAACAACGCAAAUGGAAGUAGAUAUUGAUGGGUCAUUUUCGUUCCCUGAACCUCAAAAAGAUAAUGCUGAAAAGCAUUCUCGUUCAAAACCCCUCAAUAUCGAAGAAGAACAGUCUAUGCGUGUAUUUUAUGAAAAUAAACUUCGAGAAGUAUGCAGUGCAUUUUACUUCCCUAAUAAAAUUCAGGCAACAGCUCUCUUAUACUUCAAAAGAUUCUACCUGCAUUGGUCGGUCAUGGAGCAUCACCCAAAAAAUAUAAUGUUAACAUGUGUAUAUGCUGCUUGUAAGAUAGAAGAAAAUCAUGUAUCAGCAGAGGAGCUUGGGAAGGGCAUCUCACAGGAUCAUCAAAUGAUUCUCAACUAUGAAAUGAUUGUUUAUCAGGGUUUGGAAUUUGAUCUUAUUGUUUAUGCUCCAUACCGGCCACUUGAAGGUUUUGUCAAUGAUAUGGAGGAAUUCUGUCCGGAAACAAAUGGCCAUACGCCGAAGGACUUGCAUGAAUCUGCAAAGUUGGAAGUUGACAGAAUCAUGCUUACUGAUGCACCGCUUUUGUACCCCCCUGGGCAGUUGGCAUUGGCUGCUUUGCGCCGUGCGAACAAUGUUCAUGGAGUUCUCGACUUUGAGAGAUAUAUAGAAAGUGUUCUCUCUCGACAGAAUUCUACACACACCUAUCCAGAGCUCGUUGAAUAUCUAAAUGCCAUAGAUUCUUGGGUAAUGAAAUAUAAGUUCCCUUCAGAAAAGGAUAUGAAGCACAUCAACCGGAAACUAAAAUCUUGUUGGGGCCAUGGCUAACAUGAAGAGGGUAAGAAACGGGAAAAGAAAUCGAAGCACAAGUCCAAAAGUUCAAAUGAAAUGCAAAAUGGGCCUUCUCAUGUGUAACCAUACAUUCUGCUUUUCGUCUUGGAUUCCUAAAGUGAUUAUCGUCAAACAUGAAUUCAGAUAAAUAUACUAAGCUUUUCAUGGCCUAAUCGAGUUCUGGAUUGCAAGAGAAGUCUUUCCAGUGGAAGAGAAAUCUGAUUCUUUUACAGAUAAAUUUCAAGGCAUUAUCAAGAUUCUUUGCUUCCGAUUUUGUGAGUUAGAAUUUUGUUAUUUUUGAAACAGCGGAACAUAUCCAUUGUUGAACUUACCAUAUGUAGAACUCCAUUUACUUGGAAGUUUUGUGAAUAUGUAUUUGAGCUUAUUAAGUUCAAAAAUUGAGAAAAUUCCUUGACUAGAAAUGAAUCCUCCCCAGCGUAGAGACGGUAACUUCGUACGAAUUAGACAGAAAUCCAAGUUAUUUUGUUCCA